ACUGGUCUACCGCGAAUCUCUUAUUCUUUUGAACCAUUCUCCUCAACUUCUUGUGGAAGUCUGCAUAGAGGAUACAUCCUUACGAGGCCUUCAUCUUCAAUUUUAUUUUCCUUGAAAAGUUCGCCGUUUAGCUCUGCCUCACACAGGCGCAACCCCGCCAAAAUGUCGUUAACGAACUGCCGUUUUUACGAGGAGAAGUACCCCGAGGUCGACAGCUAUGUCAUGGUGAAUGUCAAGCAGAUCGCCGAAAUGGGCGCGUAUGUGAAGCUUCUCGAAUACGAUAACAUCGACGGAAUGAUCCUGCUUUCCGAACUUUCCCGGAGACGUAUCCGUAGUAUCCAGAAGCUUAUCCGUAUCGGCCGCAAUGAAGUCGUCAUUGUGCUCCGUGUUGACAAGGAAAAAGGAUAUAUCGAUCUUUCCAAGCGACGAGUCUCCCCGGAGGAUGUCAUCAAGUGUGAGGAAAGGUAUAACAAGAGCAAGGCAGUGCACUCUAUCCUGCGUCACGUUGCGGAGGCCACUCAGACCCCCCUUGAGACGUUAUAUCAAACCAUCGCCUGGCCUCUGAACCGGAAAUACGGCCACUCGCAUGAUGCCUUCAAGAUCUCCAUCACGAACCCCGAUGUGUGGAACGAUGUUGAGUUUUCCAGUGAAGCCGUGAAGAAUGAGUUGUCGCAGUAUAUCGGCAAAAGACUUACGCCUCACCCAACCAAGGUUCGCGCUGAUAUCGAGGUUACUUGCUUUGGUUACGACGGAAUCGACGCGGUUAAGGCCGCUCUGCGUACUGCCGAAGAGGCCAACACCCCCGAUAGCCAGAUUAAGGUCAAGCUGGUCGCUCCUCCUCUGUAUGUCUUGACAAGCCAGUGCUUGGAUAAGGCUAUUGGUAUUAAGCAGCUUGAGGAAGCCAUCCAGAGAAUCGAGAGCAAGAUCAAGGAGUCUGGAGGUGGCUGCAGCGUCAAGAUGGCACCCAAGGCCGUCACUGAACAUGAUGACGCUGUUCUUCAGGAGCUCAUGGAGAAGCGUGAGCGUGAGAACAUGGAAGUUAGCGGAGACGAGAGCCAGUCUGACAGCGACGAUGGUGUUCCCGAGUAAGCGGCAUACAGUACGCUUACCAGCGCCAUUUUAGGCCUAUGGGCCCCAUUCAAAAGAGAGGAGAGUGUCAAAAAAAAAUCGCGAUGGGAGGCUGAAUAGCAUGAUUCUGAAGGCUAGUUAUGGAAGCUAGUUGCAAGGAUGGAAAAAAGUUUAAUAGAAGAGUUUCAAAUGUGACACGAAUUAUGAGACGGGAGACGGUUUAAUGUGCUCAUGGGCAAAUUCGAGAUCAGCAGUGGUGCUCAGGACAAUAGGGAGGAGGGUCCAUCAGUCACCCCGUCAUUGUACCUGUUGGCGACUGAGCUCCGGUUCACUGGGAAACUUUGAUUCCGCGUUCUCAUGUACAUAAGCUCCUUUGACCCACGGGUCAAGAUCGGUGUUGUACCUUGUUAGACACCUACUAUCAGAACUUUCUUCUUCUUUUUGGUCACAAUUCAACAGCAUUGGCGUUGGAAGGCUUGGACAGACUAUAAGUAUCGAUGUUAGAUUAUAUUCCGAGCUCUCAAAAGGCACCAAUGGUAGUGGUGGUCGAGAGUGGGGCAAUGCGGGAUGAGCUUAGUACAGUACAGUACAGUACGUAUCCAAGAGCUUAAACAGC